AUAUAUAAAUCUCAGUUUAACACCUGCAAGACAGAGCCAUGUGAGUUCUUCUUCUACAUGUCCCACAAUUGUAUAAGAAGCCCACGGUUUCUAUCAACAACCAAAGGGAAUUGGUUGUAUAUAUAUGCCAUUGUUUUCAUAUCCAAAGCAAAACAACUUCUUCAACUAACCAGAUAAGCUAAAACGAGAAGUCCAAGCAGCUGAAUCUUUUUUUUUCCAAGAUCCAUCGCAGAACAAAAAAAAAUAAAGAAAAAGAAUGGGCGUGUUCCGAGGUCUUAUGGGUGCAAAGAAGAUCUUUCAAGGCCGAUCAAUGGCAGCUUCACCACCAAAAGGGUUUCUUGCAGUGUAUGUUGGGGAAAUCCAGAUGAAAAGAUACAUAGUGCCGGUCUCAUACUUGAACCAGCCUUCGUUUCAAGCCUUGUUGAGUAAAUCGGAGCAAGAGUUUGGGUUUGAUCAUCCAAUGGGCGGUUUGACCAUCCCUUGACCUGAAGAAACUUUUAUAACUGUCACUUCUCAGCUUCGCUAGAUCACAUGUAAUAUGUAUUUAACAUUUUUUUUUAGGUUAUAAUUAGAUGUAGAAGAUAUUUAGAACCCAAUGUAAUUAAUUAUUGUGUAUGACAACAUACAGUUUUUUUCGCCAUCCA